AUGGCGCGAAGACAACACCUCACGUUAAUGGUGCUGCUGGCCGUCGUGGCCUUCUUUAGCAUCUCGUACCUCUUCUCGAGCGGCACCAGCGAACUCUCGUCGCCCGCGCCACCCGCCGCCGUCGCCCCGGCCAAGGGCGACUCUUCCUCGAGCGCCGACAUGCCCGACCUGGGCCACAUCUCCAGCAGCAUUCUCUCCGGCGAAUCCAUCGCCCCGAAGCUCGAGAAUGCGACGGCUAAAGCCGAGCUCGGCCGUGCCUCGUGGAAGCUCUUCCACACGAUGAUGGCCCGCUUCCCCGAGAAGCCCACCCCCGACGACAGCCUCGCCCUCAAGACGUAUAUCCAGCUCUUUGCCCGCCUCUACCCGUGCGGCGACUGCGCCUCGCACUUCCGCACCCUGCUGGCAAAGUACCCGCCCCAGACGAGCAGCCGCAACGCCGCCGCCGGAUGGGCCUGCUUCGUCCACAACGAGGUCAACACGCGCCUGAAGAAGGAGCAGUUUGACUGCAACAAGAUUGGCGACUUUUACGACUGCGGGUGCGGCGACGAGGACAAGAAGAAGAAGGAGGGCGAGGAGAAGCCGAGCUUGGAGCUCGAGAAGGACGGGUAG